GUUCUACUUAUUUCUUUUGCGUAUUACUUUUUUAUAAAAAGAUAAAAUGUUGCUUCGUAUACGAUCCAAAGAGGGUAUGAACCGAGUUCAAGUCGAAGCCGGAGAGACCUUUGGAACUCUUGCUUUAAAAGUGGCAGAGCUGUUAAAAGUAGCCGACCCUUCUACAAUGGCCAUGGGAAAAGACCCUAAUCCUGCAACAGCAGCUGCUCUUUCCCAAUUAGCAGAUAAAACUAUCGAUUCUGCAGGCCUCAAGCAUGGAGACAUUAUCUACGUUACGUAUAGUAAGCCCGAGGAAGAGCAAGUGAAACCUAACAGCAAUGAGAAUGCUCCUAUUUCUGUUAAGCAAGAUGCCGUCGACGACUUUUUGGAAAAACAAAGAGGAUUAAUCGAUCGCAAAAAGGAUCCCAAAUUUUGUCGUCACGGAGCUAAUGCCAUGUGUGAUUACUGUAUGCCUUUAGAGCCUUAUGAUGCCAACUAUCUGGAAGAAAAUAAGAUCAAGCACAUGUCAUUCCACGCCUAUUUACGUCAACUAAAUGCCGCACAGCGAUCCAAGAAUUCGGCUGCAUCAGGAAACAAUGUGCCUCCUUUGGAGGAACAGCAAUUUAAGGUGAAAGUACCUUGUACUGGUGGACACGCACCAUGGCCCGAGGGAAUUUGUACCAAAUGUCAACCAAGUGCUAUUACACUUCAAAGACAGACUUAUCGUAUGGUGGAUCAUAUCGAAUUCUCAUCAGCAUCAUUAAUUGAAUCCUUUUUAAAUUUCUGGAGAUCAACCGGGUCUCAACGUUUUGGAUAUUUAUAUGGUCGAUACGAGCCUUAUCUUGAUGUUCCUUUAGGCAUCAAAGCAGUAGUCGAAGCAAUCUAUGAGCCACCUCAAGAAGAUCAUUUCGACGGUAUUAAAUUAACUUUGCCUUGGGAAGAGGAGGCCAAGGUGAAUCAAGCAGCAGAGGCAUGUGGCCUUGUGCAGGUUGGUAUGGUAUUUUCUGAUUUGAUUGACGAUGGCACCGGAAGUGGAAGUGUUGUAGCCAAACGUCAUGUAAAUUCAUACUUUUUAUCCUCGCUUGAAUGUCUUUUUGCAGCAGAGAUGCAACGACGCCAUCCCAACGUUACUAAGCAAUCUGUCACCGGUAAAUUCAGUUCCAAAUUCGUUACUUGUGUUAUUUCUGGUGAUACAGAAGGAAAUAUCGAUGUCAAGGCGUAUCAAGUCUCAGAUACUUUAACAGCCCUUGAGGCAGCAGAGAUUGUUGAACCAAGCAGGAAACCAUCUGUGAUGCGUGUUAAAGAUAGUAUCCCUCAUGAACGUUAUGUUCCUGAAGUCUUUUAUAAAUUCAAAAACGAGUAUAACGUCGUCGUCAAGCAAUCAGCUAAACCAACCUUCCCCGUGGAAUAUCUCUUGGUCAAUGUCACCAAUGGCUUCCCUCAUAAUCCUUCUCCUUUAUUUAACCCCUCCUCUACUUUCCCUAUUGAAAACAGAGGAGGAUUGGUGCACCAAGAUAUUGCGUCCCUUACAAAGUGCUUGAAUGGUGCUAAAGAACCAACUGAUUUGAAAAAGGCCCUGGAUGACUUCCAUGUGUUAUGCUUCAUUCAAUCAUUGGAUAUAUUCACAGCUGAUGAAUUCAAACAAUUCUGUCAAAUUGUGACAAGUAGAGAAGGCGAUAUUUCACAAAUAAAUAACCUGAACGGCUGGAAUACUCUUCAAAUGGUUAUUAAAGAGACAGAAGGAAAUGCUAGAGCAAAUUCAAAGACAUCAGCGGGCUCUUCAUCGGCACCCGCGCCUGCAAAUGUCUCUUGUAGACAUUGUACCUUUACCAAUGCAGCAGGAGCUGAAAACUGUGAAAUGUGUGGAUUACCUUUGUCAGGCUAAACUAAAAAUAAUAAUAAAAUAUAUAUCAACCGAAACCCA